UUUGCUCGGUUGACUCUUGUAGGAAGGACAAAAAGGUAUAUGCUUAUGUAAGCAAUGAUGUUUCUCUCAACUCUCAAGAACAUAAACAAGGCUUUCACCUUUUUGUACUUUUUUUUCUUCCUUUUUUGUGCUUUGUGUUAUGAAACUGAUCAAGUUUCGUUUUGAAUAUUAAAGGAAACUGGAGAGCUUUGCUGUAAAACCUCACUCUUUAGUAUAUCUCUUUCUUUAUCAUAACAUCUGUUGAUUUGUGAAACAUAUUGAGCUGUAACAUCUGCGAGAUUGUACAUGCCCUGAAGAAGACUUUUACGAAACUGGAUCAUGAUGUUAAUAUACACAUUCUUAGGAUGAAGGUACUUGAUGGAUCUCUUAACUACAAAGUUGAGUAAAUUUUUUUUGUUAUUUAUUAGUCCAUGGUUUUGUGGUCGUUUGUUUUUACUGCAUGGAUCAAGCUAUUGAGGUAAGGAUCAUGGAUCAAGCAUGAUGGUUCCUCCUGUUUUAUGAACAGGGUCUGACUAACCAAGUAGUGUGUUUUUCAAGGUCGGGUUAUAGUCGUGUUAAAAAUGAUAUUCAGCUGUUUUGUAUAUAUUUAUGUGUCAGUGUGUGUUAUAAAAUUCAACCACUAGUGCUUAAGAUUUUUAUUUUGAUGAGCAUCAUGUGAUGUCUCCAACACAAAAGGCUUAUUUCCACAAUCAACGGUAUAGAUUCAAAAGAACUCCACAAUCCGCUCUACUUUAAUAUCUAUAUCUUCACCCACUAUAAAUCCUGAUCCUGGGGAUGAGCACACAGACUUGUUGUUAUAUAAAUCAGACAAACCUUUGCUUGAAGAAACAGAACACAUCAUCUGUCUUUAAGAGAAAUUAGAUGGCGAGAAGACAACUCUUUCAACUUCAAAUAUUCUUGGUUUUAGCUGUUCUGUCUCUUGUGAUCGCAUUGAAGCCUGUCCUAGUCAUUGCAACAGGAACUGAGAAACCGAUAGACUGUGAAGCCAAGGGACAACAACUGAAUCAGAUUAGCUACCUGAGAAGAAAUAAAAUGGAUCCAAAGAUAACAACAAGGACACGGAGGUUGAUGAAUGUUGUGGAGAUUAACGAUUAUCCAGGAUCAGGUGCUAACAGCCGCCACACUCGACCAUACUGUCCAGAUUGCUAAUUCCAAUUUCUUGUAACUUAGAGAACCUUUGAAAAUGUAAUAAUCACACGCUAUAUAUGAUAUCUAUCAAGAUUUAACA